UCUCUUUGGACCCAUGUUGCCUUGGCAUAAUGCUGUAAAACACAACUGCAACUGGAAAUACCAAGUCGGAGAGACAUGCGACUUCACGUGCAAGGACGGUUAUACAUACCAUAGCGGCAGCGAGUCUAGGACUUGCACCGCCAGUGGUGAUUGGUCCGGCUCUCCUUACAAAUGCAAAGGGUGUCCCAUUGGCCCAAUGCUGCCUUGGCAUAAUGCUGUAAAACACAACUGCACCUGGCGAUACCAAGUCGGAGAAACCUGCAACUUCACGUGCAAGGAAGGGUACACAUACAGCAACGGCGACGCUUCCAGGACGUGCCAGGACGGUGGAAGUUGGUCUGGUGCUCCUUAUAAAUGCAGCAGCUCUGAAGGAGGUUGGCUUUGGGGCUAAAACGUUGGUGGGUAACACUUAUACAACCAACUAUUUCCAUAUCUGUGACAAUCGUUGUGAUACUUUUAAUCUUGGAGUAGGAAACAUACAUGUAUAGGAUGCACCUAUUGCAACAUGUUACUUGCGCUUUUGACAAGGCCUUUCUGAGACAAUAGCAACUACAGGCCAAAUAAUUUACCUUACCUUACCUAGUUAUAAGCUUCAUCGAAAGUAAGACGAUGCAUGGUUUUGUCUGUAGCUACGCUUACAUCUUUAGUGGCUUUAGCUGUAUAAGGCAUGAAAUUUGUGGUUUGAGAACUUGAACCUUAAUAGUAUAAUCAUAAUUUUGACAUCGUUAUGCAUCUACAUGUUUGAGAUAUCAGCGAGCUGUAGGUUUUUAAGUCAACGAUUUAGUCAUUAUACUAUGUAUUCCGAUUUCUGUACUUGCUCUUUAUUUUUUUUUGUAACAACAUGUGGUCACAUGAAUAUGUCAAAGACUCUAAAAAGACAAUGGUUAAAGUAAAUGUUAAUUCCGUAGCAUUCGAGAUAAUAAGGAACGACAUAAAAUGGCAAGUAGCUUUUACGUCUUGUAAGUGCAUGAAAUUCUGUAGCUAAUGCUGGAACUCCUACUUGAUGUAAAUGUCUCUGUGGUGUUCUUGCUUCCCAAAUAAAAAUGG